ACGGCAUGGGCGGCUUCUGGGAGGCGGUUUGCACCGGGUGCUGCGCUGGCUGCUGCAUCGCGUGCGCUGAGGCGACCUGCGUCCCGCUCUGCGACGGCUUCGCGAGGUGUUGCUGCGGCGACCGCGGGUUCUCGUGCUGCUCAAGGCCCGAGCCUGCUUACCGGCGGGAGAGUUCAGCCUCGUACGGACGCGCCGACUCGCCACUCGGUGAGAUCGUCACGGUGCCAGUGAAGAUGCAGCCGCUGACUCCUCAGCAGGAAACCAGCUUCGAGCCUCAGCGCGUGUAGAAGCCUGGCCGUGUGGCGACGGAGU